UGGCUAGCGAACGGGAACGGGUCGCGUUUUUCACGUCGAGACCUUGAAGACGAAGAUGUCGAACUGUGGGAACUACUUCAUCGUGCUUGCCGUUAGUGUGUUGCUGAUCGGUGGUGUUUUCGGUGGUCCAGUUGCACCAUUAGAUUGCAUGAAUGAAAGUAACGGAAAUUCCACUGAGGAAGCUCUGAAAAAUGCGUUACUAUGUGGAACUGGAUACAACACUCAUCAGAGACCAGUGAAGAAUCAACAAGAUCGGGUAGCAAUGUACAUAGGAGCGGAUGUUAUGAAUGUUGAGCUGAUUCAUAACACUUUUGCAAAGCUGGAAAUCACUGUGGAGGUAUCAAUGCAAUGGUAUGAUGCAUACCUUCACUGGAACAGGAAAGCCCAGAAUGGCAUACAAACACUUUCCGUUUCCGAUCAAGAUAUCUGGACCCCGAAAUUAGCUGCCAAAUCCCUAUCCAAGUCACGCGUUCAAGACAUCGACCACUGCUUCCAAGUCAAGUGCCAUCUCAGUUCGGACGGAGAAGUUAUGUACUCCAUGUUGUGUACAUUUACGGUUGAUUGUCUGGAGAACUCGCAGCAUUGGGCAUUCGAAACUAAAGAUUGUCCAUUGCGAAUCUUUACUCCGGAAUACGACAUCAAUCAGGUGUCUCUGUUCCAUUUUCAGCGACGACUGUCCUACUCAGUUGCGGGAGUCUUGCCUUACAAAAUAACUUCCUUCCAGAUGGCAAUCGUGAAUAAUUCGGUCAGUCCGGAGUUUAGAAUGGAUAUCGUCGUAGAGCGGAUGGUUGGACCACAUUUGGUCGUUUUUCUGAUAUUGAUUUUAUUACUGAUGUCUCUGAAUCUCAUGAUUACAUGGUUUCGAAUUGAUACUACUGUUCGAGCUGUGCUGUCCAUUGCUUCAUUGGCUCUGCACGUGGUGUACACUAUCAUACUGUUUUGGUACGCUUCGACAAAAAUGGAACCGGCUUCAGGACUGGCCAAACUGGUAUUAGGAUCUCUCAUAAUUGCGCUACUAUUAAUGGGAGAAUUGGUGUAUUCCAUUAACAUUAUUAAGCACAAGAGCAUAGAUGUCCCACACGUUCUUCAAGUAGUUCAUCAAACAGUUUCCAAAAUGGCUAUGAUCAGAGUGUUCGUCAAACUGGGUUAUAUUAGUUUUAAUGGUCAACUGAUAAAAUCAACGACGGAACCCUCCAUGGAACAAUUUUCCAACCAUGUGGACGAAAUGGAACCAUCAACGAAAGAUACCGCGACAAUUGAACACGUUGAUUCAGACGAAGAGGAAGUAGAUCCAGCCAAAUUGAAAUGGAACGUGUUCGUACAACCAUUUGACCGGCUAAUUUUCUGUGGAAUUGCAACUGCCUACAUUCUGAUGCUACUAGUGCUGUUUCUAGCGUGAGACCUACGAAAAACCAUUAGCUCAAUGCUAUGGGACAAGCGAGAAGCAGCUCAAUUAAAUGAGGUAAUAAAGCCAAUAAAGUAAGAAAAUUCCUUAUUUCCAGAUGGGCGAGAGACAGAAGCAAUCAAGCAACCAAUAGAACUGUAUGUAGUAACGACGGGAAGUAACGCGGUAUCGUGACCUAAUACUGGAAGAUCGAUUCGGCUGCUUCCUGAUCAGAAACUAAUGUGUUCGAUGAUGAAUUUAGAUUAGGAAAUAUAUGAAAAUGA